CACAUCAGCGAGAAAUAACGAUGGUGACUGACGUGCAGCUGGCCAUCUUUGCCAACAUGUUGGGUGUGUCUCUGUUCCUGCUGGUGGUUCUAUAUCACUAUGUAGCCGUCAACAACCCCAAGAAACUGGAGUAGAACUGCCCUGGAGAGGAGCUGGCGGCUGAGGGGGACCAGAGAGAGCAGCAGUAAGACGCCUCUCCUCACAGGUGGUGGCUGAGGGGAACCAGAGAGAGACGCAGUGAGACGCCUCUCCUCACAGCUGGCGGCUGAGGGGGUCCAGAGAGAGCAGCAGUGAGACGCCUCUCCUCACAGGUGGCGGCUGAGGGGGUCCAGAGAGAGCAGCAGCCUCUUCUUCAUCGUUCAUCUGUUCUCCUUCCCUGUCUGUCUCUCCCAGCCUGUACAGGAGUGUUUUCUAAUAAAAUGCCUGUCAACAAAUGCC